GUUCACACACUUAUUCAGAUAGAUACCCCCAGCACAGUGGGCAAUUGGACAUUGCAUUGAAACAGAAACAGAAACAUAACGGUCGUAGAAGUGAGAGCAGCAAGUCGCCGGCGAGUGUCAGUGCAUUGUUGUCUCAAAAAUCAAAAUAUAAUGGACUUGUUUAAUUUGUGUGUGUUUUAGGUAAAAUUAAAACCCAGUUAGUCUGUGAAAUAUUCAUUACUUUGAGGGCGUGAAACAGUAAACAGCAACUCGCGGAUUGCAUCUCAUGCCUAAAUGCACAUUUUUAUCUCACAGAUACGACGGCGGAUACGACGGCGUCUUUUGCGCACUCUGUCGAAUCACACAAACACAGUCAUCUACUUGAGCACACAUACACACCCACAGCCAUUGCGAACAGCUGAGAAAGCCCCCAGCAUUCACAAUAAACAAACGGCAAAUGUCAAAAACUAGCACUGAAUGCCAACAACCGAUCCGCGCUAGUUGUCUCUGUCGCACGCCUGUGCAUCGCCUAGCAAGCGACUGCCAAGCGACAGCAGCGACGCUAACGUCAAAGUCAGAGGCUGCCCAUUUGCAUUUGCUAGAGUUCGAUUAACUGCAGCGUUUGCGUAGUCUGCGAGUGAGUGAAUGAACGAGGCACGAAAAAGUCAUGUAGAAAAUGGUCGAGCGCGUUGCUGAAGCAAAUUAGCUGUGUUCAGUGAUAAUUCAGUUAGCAAUACUGCAUAAAAUUUAUUAAAAGUAACAGUAAAUAAAGUGCAUGUGAAUUUGUGUGUAAUUGAAAUAAAAGUGGAUAUGUAAAGAAAAGUUAAAAGCAAAAACGAGUAAAUUUAAGAAACAAUCAAUUUCACGCUUUUGGAUAACAAAUAAAUAAAUAUUGCUGUAAAACAUUGGGAAUAUAUAUAACACUCCAUUUCUGAUUUGAAUAGCGGCAAGCGGUGUGUCUGUGUUCAUUUUAUUAUUGACUCCUUCUUGAAAUAGUCUACGAGCACCGAGUAAAGAAGUAGCCACCACAAAAGAGUUCCAAAAACGAGCGGCGAAACGCAAGGUUGAACGAGUUGUUGAAAUGAAUUUCUUCGCCCAACGGAAAUUGUCUCAUUAAGUUGAGUGUAUGAAAGUGAAACAAAGACGCUCCCGAACCUCCACAAACCCGUUAUCACGAAAAUGUCGAAGCAUUCAGAUAAUGAUAAUCUACGCAACGACAUCUACGAAAAUUUACCCUGUCAGGCUAUGUACAAUGAUGCUGUUCGCAAAAUCCAACAACAAAAAUCUGCCCAAUCGAACACAAAUAACGCCGUGGCUGCAGCAGUGGCCAAUAACCCGCUCUCUCAGCAGCUACUAUUGAAUAAUAUAAGCAAUCAGAAUGCAGCUAACUCCAAUCCUCACACUAACUCUACCGGCUUGACCAACAACAAACAACAGCCUUCGCCGCUAACGCUACAACAGCAGUCGAACAAUCGGCAUUAUGCCGCGACUAAUAUGUCCAAAGAGAUGCUCUACGCCACACCGUUGCGCAAAUCGGACCGUUACAAAAGCGGCGAACGCUUGCGCUUCAACAGUUCGGGUGCACGUUUACAUGCAAGUGGCAGCAAUCACGAUACCCAUGAUACACACGAUGCCAAAUUGUCCAAUGUUAUGGAAUACAAGAAACUAAACUCAAAAGACCUAACUCGGCUAUGCAGCAGAAAUGGCAAUGCCAUUCCAGUAACCGAUCUCGACGAUGACGUGGCCGUGGAUGGUUGCUCGUCCAGCGCAUUAGUUGGUGGUUCGCAUUAUACGAAUCAACCUGCCUCAUUGCCGUCGCUUCCCAACUCAAACACUCCCAGUCAUCAACUGGAGGAUCGGCGUAUACUUAAUUUUCUCAAGGACACUACACAGUUGCAGAAAAAGCUAGAGAUAUCGAGCAGGGACUGUCCCAACGCCAGCUUUUCGAAUUUGGCUCGAGAGGAACACUUUGCCAAUUUAGUGCAACAGAACUUCACCAUUGAAGCAACGCGUAACAAAGGAGACUCCAAUGGCGAUGGGAAUGACGAUCACAGUAUGAGUGUCACAGCAGAUACUAGUGAAUCGGUGUUAACAGAAACUGCUGAUAAUUUAGAGGUUUUAAUGCAAAAAAAGCUUUCGCCCGAUAAGGAAGUUAGCGGCAUUGCAGCGUCGUGUGGUACUCAAAGUCAGACUCUUACUGCGCGAGGCGUACAACCAGUGUACAUACACCGCGAAUGGGUGCUGAAAAAGAUAGCGCUAUGCUUGGAACAGCGCACCGCAGGCAAGAAGAAUAUGCCUGGCUUGCUCAGUACUGGGGCGGUAGGCAAAGCCGAAGUUGCUGGUAGUUUUAUGGCGGCUCGUGCUAAAGCAGCCGCAAUAUCCAGCUCUACGUAUAACGGUUGCCUCGUACUGGGCUCGAACGGUUCAGGUAAAACUUCAAUCUGUCAAGCUAUUAUGAAUGGCAACUCUGGCACAAAAGGCAUCCUGAACCGCAAAUUACUCGGUUGCUAUCUGAUCGAAUCGCAGAACCCGGAAUGUCACAGCCUUUCGCUAUUUAUGCGUAAAAUCGUAAUGCAAGUAUUAAGUCAUUCUUCAUUAAUCGCAAAGGAUGAAUGUCAGCGCGUGAUUGAUGAAGGCUUCUCCUUUCUGCAAGAAGAGGCCCAACAGCAAGAGUCAAAACUGGAUGAGGCUAUGAACAAUAUUACAUUGGAUGAAAAUGUUGAAGAUAUUUUAAUUGCUGAACUACGACGUGGCGCCAAUAGUUUUGACAGCGACAAACCUGAACAUUUUCAACAAAGACGUACUUCGACUAACAACAAAAAAACUGGCAAUGCUUGUAUUAUGCGGCAAAAAUCAGAACCUGCUGCAGCCAAAGGACAUUCCGCCAUCGAUGACAAUAAUAAAUACAACAAUUAUGGCACGCAUCCUCCUUCAACGGGUAACAAAAGUAAUACUAAAGAUCGCAACGAAGAUAAAGACAACGAUACCGAAAAAGGGAAACACACCGAUUCAGAAAAGGAGAAAAGCUCGCCUUCAACAUCGUCCAAGUGUAGCCCCGGCAAGAAAUCAAAGAUACCCGUGAAACUCGGCCGUUCAAGUGCUGUUGCCUCACCAGUUAAAGUAACAGCUGUUUUAACACCAAGUACUGGUGGUACAGCUAUUCAACAUGGGGGUGGUGAGGAUAUUGCUGAUAUGAUAAGCGAAGAUCUGAAAAACGAGAUAGAAGCUGCUAUUAAUGAGGACAAUGGCAACAAAACCAUCGAAGAGAAUCCGAAAUCCGACAGGGAUGAAGACGAUGAAGACAAGCCAGAGGCAGAUAAAAAUCUUGAAGAAGAUCUGAAGGAAUGUAAGAACGUAUUUGAAAAAGAAAACAUCGAUGAAGAAGAUAAAGAAAAUUGCGAAAAUCUGAUUGAAUUCGAAAAGAACAAUGAUCGCGAGGUAACGGACAACUAUAUACAUCCUAGCGGCGCAAACGAUAAUAUGAACACGCUACCACCGCCACUACCCAAGCCGAAAAGUUGUCGAACAGUAAUCGCAGAUGGUUACUAUGAAAUGCUGCUCUCAAAUCCAGAAAUAUUGGAGUGUUUGAAUGUCGAUAGCAUUGAAAAAAAUCCGGAUGAAUGCUUUAAAAAGGCACUGCUAUUCCCACUGCUCGAGCUUACCCCGCCCAAAACAGCACUUUUGCUGCUGAUCGAUUCCAUCGAUGAAAAUUACAUAAAUGAAGGAAAUUUGAUCACCACUUUGAAGGGUGGAAGAGGCAUGUCGACUAGUCACAAGAGUCGCAACGUUGCGGAAUUAUUAUCCAAUCACAUACAUCUCUUCCCUAAGUGGCUCUUUCUGGUGUGUACCACCAAAAAGCAAACUAAACAGAUCACACGGAUGUUUACAGGUUUUAAGAAGAUCACUUUGGAUGACUUACGCAAAUCGCACGUGGUGAAAGAUGUUCAGGAGUACAUAAUUAAUAGGCUAAAUUCGGACUUUAAAGACAGUAUUAUGCUUACAAAGGAGAUAAUAGAAUCACUUCAUCAAUUAUAUAUCAAAUCGAAUGGUUGUAUAUUGUAUUUGGAGAAAGUAUUGAACGGCAUAAAAGAGAAUUUCUUCAGUUUUCGUGAGAUCAAAUUGAUACCAUGCACACUGAACGGCUUGUAUUUGUACAUUUGUCAGAAGUCGUUCAACAAAAAGCAAUAUAUGAAAAUACGCCCACUUCUAAAUGUGCUGCUCGCUUCAUCUGGUUACGUCGAUAAACUUUUCCUCUUUAAUUGUCUACGUACGCACAAUUACGCCAUCGAUACGGAAGAAUUCGAAAAGCGUUUACAUCUCAUGAAGAACAUAGUUGCUUACGAUGCGGAUCAGCAACGACUGAGGAUAUUUCACAAUUCCUUCUCCGACUGGUUGGUCGACGUUAAGUUCGCAACGAAAAAGUUCAUUUGUGACGUUAACGAAGGUCACGUUAUGGUCUCAAUGUACUAUUUGUUGGUCGCCGACACACUGUGCGCAAAUAAUGUUCGGAAAUUUGUAUAUCAUCUCAUCAAGUCGGGCGAAUAUCUUACCAGUCGCAAUGUUAAUUUAGACAUAAUACUUAUGUUACUCGAAUCGCGACUGAAUUUGAAUGACGCAUUCUACACGAAUCACUUAAAUUGCUGUUCUCAAUGCGAAAACGAUUUCAAGCACGAUCCAAACUUUCUACCUAAGACACGCAACAUGAUUGAAAAAUUCCUUAGUAGCGAAUUAACUGAUGAGUUUUCGCAAUUUUUGUGUGAUUUCUUCAAGCCGAGCUUACCUACAGAUGCGAAGAUUCUAAAGCUGUUAAUUGAAACAGGAAUUAAUAAUGCUGAAGCACAGAACUCGUGCGAAUCAUCGCUUAUGUCUCCCGAGCUGUCGGAGAAAUCACAAAAUAUAGACUUUGAACUGGCUGACCUUUUGAUAUCAAGCGAGAAGUCAUGCAUAUUGGAAACCCAACGCCCAACCAGCCCAUCGGAGAAGAGUGAGCCACACCACGAGAGUCAGGAUGAAAAUGCUUCUAGCACGCUGCACCAACUCUCCGACUCUAAUCGAAUUGAAUUACACAAAGGUAAAGCACUCAUACACAUCUUGGCUAACGAUGGCAAUCACCAGCUUCUCGAGCGUGCAUUGAACGCAUGUAAAGGACCCAUCGAUCUCGAAAUUGAAGACUACAACGGACAGACAGCCUUGAAUAUUGCCGCGCGCAAUGGACAUUUAGAGGUUGUUAAAUUGUUACUUAGCUUCUCUCAACCCUGCAACGACGGCACUGGCCGAAUGAAGCGCGUGGAUGUCAAUCACGCUGAUAGGGAUGGAUGGACACCAUUACGUUCUGCCUCGUGGGGUGGCCAUACAGAGGUUGUAAAGCUCCUGAUCUCACAUCCCGCGUGUAAAAUUGAUCUAGCCGAUAAGGAGGGACGUACUGCACUACGAGCAGCUGCUUGGAGCGGACACGAAGACAUUUUAAAAAUACUUAUCGAAUCUGGUGCAGAUGUGAAUUCUGUCGAUAGACAGGGUCGCACCUCCUUGAUCGCCGCGUCUUACAUGGGGCAUUAUGAUAUUGUUGAAAUCCUGCUGGAAAAUGGUGCUAAUGUAAAUCACCUGGACUUGGAUGGACGUAGCGCACUUUGUGUAGCCGCGUUGUGUGGUUCAUCAGGCUAUAGCAAGGUUAUAUCGACCUUAUUGGAGCACGGUGCCAACACUGACCAGCUGGACAAUGACGGCAUGUCGCCACUUCUUGUAAGCUCUUUCGAAGGCAACGCCGAGGUGUGCGAGCUAUUGCUCGAAAAUGGCGCGGAUCCAGAUCUAGCUGAUUUCAUGGGUCGUACACCACUUUGGGCCGCCUGCACUGCCGGACAUGCAAACGUUGUAAAAUUACUACUCUUUUGGGGCUGUGGCAUUGACUGCAUGGACUCAGAGGGACGAACCGUACUUAGUAUUGCCUCAGCACAGGGCAAUGUCGAGACUGUAAGGCAACUACUAGACCGUGGGCUAGACGAAACACAUCGCGACAAUGCCGGCUGGACCCCGCUACACUAUGCUGCAUUCGAGGGUUUCCAUGAGGUAUGUCUGCAGCUGCUAGAGUCGGGCGCCAAGAUAGACGAGUGCGACAAUGAAGGAAAGACUGCGCUGCACCUCGCCGCACAAGAAGGUCGUACUAAGUGCGUACAAAUUUUACUCGAAAUACAUUCGACAUUCGUAGACCAAAAGGCACACGAUGGCAAAACAGCAUUCCGGCUCGCUUGCUUGGAGGGCCACCUUGAAACAUUACAGUAUCUGUUAAAAUUCUGCUGCGAUGUGAACGCCAAGGACGCAGACUCACGCACCACACUUUACAUACUUGCAUUAGAAAAUAAACUGGAUAUAGUUAAGUACCUGCUGGAAGUGACCAAUGUAGAUGUGAAUAUACCGGAUAGCGAGGGACGCACAGCGUUGCAUGUAGCUGCGUGGCAAGGGCACGCCGAAAUGGUUAAGAUGCUUAUAACAAUGGGUAACGCUGAUGUCAACGCAAUGGACCUGGAAGCUCGCACACCAUUGCAUUCGUGCGCCUGGCAAGGCAAUCAUGAUGUCAUGAGUAUACUGCUAUACUUUGGCGCAAUAGCGGACCACGCAUGCAAACAAGGAGCAACGGCUUUGGGCAUUUCUGCACAGGAAGGCCACGAAAAAUGUGUGAUUGCUUUACUUAAGUACGGUGCAAAUCCGUACAAGUCAGACCACUGCGGACGUACACCAAUUAAAUUGGCAGCCAAAUCAAAUCGCACAAACAUACUAAAGAUUUUCGAAAACUUCACAAAAAGUGAUUCCAACAAUCUAGUCGAGCCUGCGAAAUUCCACCCUAGCAUGCUGCGCUCACCCGAUCAACCACCAGCGUUACCUGCUCAUCAAAGCAUAGGGCUGGGUGCUCCAUCGUAUCCGCCGCACGCCUCCGCUCCCUCAGUCUGCUCGGCGGCGACCACGGCCACAGUAAAUAACAGUAUAAACAACAAUAACAACAUGCAAGUGCCAUCAAACAUACUGAAUGCAUCGACGUCAACGCAUAGCUCCAAUAAUUUCUAUCAGAACACAAUGCUGUCGGAUACGAGCAGCUUACACAAGCGAAAAAGCGUUAUCUCUAGUCAAUCGACAGGUAGCAGCAAUGAUCAGGCGCCGCUCACGUUUACACAACAACUACAGCGUCAAACCAAACUCAACUCGCGUAACAAUCCUUUCGUGCAAAAUGCGCCCAUCAUCAACUCAAAGCAUGGCGCCGCCUCAACAUCUUCCAACACAACAGGCGCAAUGCAACAGCAAUCGAAAGCGCAUCACUCACAUAGGCAUUCGCAGUUGCUGCCCGAUCUCAACGAACAUCAAUUUGUUUCUGGUAUCGGUGCCAAUGAGGCUGAUCUAUAUGAUAUGGAAUGCAUGUCACCACUAUAUGCCACACCACCGCACUCGCCCAGCAGUGAACUGAGUUCACCCGGUCAGCUACCCUCGCUGAAUGCAUUCGAUGAAAUCACCGCCGCGUCGGGCAGUUCUCUGGGAAAUCACGGCAAUAGCAGUAGUUCUGGUGGGAAAUCAGCACUACCAGAUAAUCACUUCGCCCGAGAUACGCAUAUGCGUAUAAUUUUGGGAAAUUUAAAGGAAACCCAGCCGAGCUCAUCUAGCAAAAGCAAACGCAGCGGAAUCACUACAAAUCCAGCAAUGCGUCUAAUACGGAGCCGCUUCGAUUCUGCCGCCCAACUAAUACGGCGAACCAACAAUAUGCUCUCCUCAAACAGCAAUCAGGGAUCUUCAAGCAUCGGAGUGAAAUCGGGCACAUUUCAGUGGCGCAAGGAAAGCCAAAUGUAAAUUGCUGACUGCGAUGUUAAAACAUUUUAUACGUUAAGGGUGCAUGUAUACAGUUAACAUAACUGUAGUGGCAGGCAUAAUUAGUAAAGUUUGAAUCGAUAAUUAGUCAAGAAUGUAUUUCCUUUAAUUAAGUAUGAGCGAUUACGAUUUUAUUUGUGAUAAUUUAUUAUUUAAUUUGGAGUUAAGCUGUAAUUUAUUUAUGUUUAUCUUUGCUUUUAAGUAAUCAAUUUAACGAUAUAAAUCCUAUACAAUUUUCCAAGGCAUAAUUUAACACGAAUAUUCUACAUUACGUACAUACAUACAUAAAUAGACAUGCACUAGUUUUAGAAAUUUAGGUGGAAAUCGAGAUAUGAGCACAUUAAAUUAUUGGAGAAUUCAAAUCGAAUGUAUGUAGUUUACUGUUACAUUUUAAACAAACUCAUCGCAUUUUUGUGGCAAACAAAAAAUCAUACAUACAUACAUACAUACACGAGUUGAUGAAGCAUAAUAGAAACUAGAGUUUUCUGCACCGAUAAACAAAAAAUCUUUAAAAUAAAGCUGCACACGAAAAAUCAUAAAGUUUAAGUGUAUUUACAAACGAAAUAAAAAUAAAUGUAAAGAAACCAAAAUCAACGGUAUUUCGAAAAUUGGAAAUUUACAUAUAAUUAAUUAACUAGAAUUAAUUAAAAUUAUUAUACACUAUGAGUUUAUCGAAAUGUCGAAGAAUUUAGAUGCCUGCGAAAACACAACUGAAUUUCUCUUAGAAAGCAAUAUUCGUAUUUAAUAUUAUAUAUACAUAAUAUGUAUAACACCAAACAUUCUUAUACAGGGUUGAUAAAUAAAUUAUAUUGCGCACUCGAA